AUGCCAUUCAAUCAUAUAGGCGAAACCUACAUCACCAAGAAUGCCGGCGUUACUGCUGCGACGGUGGAUGAGGCGUAUGAGGCUAUUACCAAUGGACGUUUGUUUUAUUUGACACCGGACCGGUUUACGUUCAGAGACGCCCAGACACUGUACCGAGAGCUCAAGGUCACCUACUGGGAGCAUCAUGGCGACAAAGUCGAGAAUUACGCUGAUGAGAAGCGACUGAGCUAUCGCAUGACCGCAGCACUGAAGAAUCUGAAGGUUUUACUCUUCCACAACACCACUGGAUGGGUAGCCCUACACGGUGCACCUCAGCUGCCCAAACAUCAACAGUGGAACUGGCGAGAGCAGUACUGGCCUAAAGACGCAACAGAAGUCUCGUUCACCGAUGUGCUGGCGAUCAAUUCGUCGUUUCAGCAGUGGAAGAACGGCAUCCAAUACCCUGGACUCAAGUACAAACUGCACCCACACUACAAUGUCUACUACCCUACCCAGGCUGGCCAUAUCAAGCUAUUUCGGAAAUGGAUGCAGCAAUACUCGAGCCGCAAGCGCUUUCAGUCAUUGAACGUGGCAGAUAUUGGCUGUGGCUGUGGCAUUCUCGCCUUCUUGUUGGGCACCUUCGACGCGGUCAAGCUAGUGCAUGCAACUGACAUCAAUCCUGCUGCGACCGAGAGUCUGCGAGCAGACCAGAUUGUUCGCAAGCGCUCUGUCAAGACACUAGAGGUGUUCUGUGGUGACCUCCUGGAGCCCCUUCCGCUGCCACAGUAUGAUCUUAUUGUCUUCAACGCGCCUUGGUUGCCCGAUAUUGCUGGGGUUGAUCACAGCCGCGGAUCGUUUGACAUGGCUGUGAGUUUCCCGCCUGACCUCUACCCACGCUUCUUCGAGCAAGCGAAGGAGAGACUCACACCCGACGGCCGCAUAGUGGUUAUUGGGUCAGAUUUGUCCCGAUUAUUGGGCUUGGAGAAAGAGAGCCCAGUAACGAGAGAAUUAAGGGACAACCCAGAUAGGUUCUACUGUGCGGCCAUGUACCAGGGUGAGCAUGCACCUGGACUCCUAAAAAAGGACUCAGUUGUCCCAGAAGACAAGAAUAAGGGCCCCGGUGAUUCCAAGGCGUCGGCGGAUACAACGUACAAGGCGAACAAGUGGAAGGCAAUCGCUACGAGGCAGCAGAAGAUGCAGCUGUGGGAGUUAGAGCACGAGUAUCCGGCUGACAUCGUGAAUCCCGAGGAGCAAUGA